AUGAAAGCACUUAUUCUUGUCGGUGGUUAUGGAACACGUUUACGUCCAUUAACACUAACAAAACCAAAACCAUUGGUUGAAUUUUGUAAUAAGCCAAUGGUUCUCCAUCAAAUUGAAGCAUUAGCUCAAGUUGGUGUUACACAUGUAAUUUUAGCUGUUAGUUAUCUAUCAGACAUGCUUCAACGAGAAAUGGAGGUAGAAGCUAAACGAUUAAAUAUUAAGAUAACAAUAUCGCAAGAAACUGAACCUUUGGGAACAGCUGGUCCAUUGGCAUUAGCACGUCAAUAUCUUGAAGCAGAGAAAGAUCCAUUUUUUGUUCUUAAUUCUGAUGUGAUAUGUGAAUUUCCAUUCGAUGAUAUGAUUAAAUUCCAUAAAGAACACAAUUGUGAAGGCACUAUUGUUGUUACUAAAGUUGAAGAACCAUCGAAAUAUGGUGUUGUUGUUUAUGAAACAGAUACUGGUAGAAUUGAUCGAUUUGUUGAAAAACCACGUGAAUAUGUUUCCAAUAAAAUUAAUGCUGGUCUUUAUAUAUUUAGUACUGGUGUACUUGAUAGAAUUCAAUUACGACCAACAUCAAUUGAAAAAGAAAUAUUUCCUGCUAUGGCUACUGAUAGACAAUUAUAUGCAUUUGAACUUAAGGGUUUUUGGAUGGAUGUUGGUCAACCAAAAGAUUAUCUAACUGGAAUGAGUCUAUAUCUUAAUUAUGUUCGACAUUCCAAUCCUGAUCGAUUAUCACGAGAAAAUGGUACAGUUGGCAAUGUUUUAGUGGAUUCAACAGCUAAAAUUGGUGAACGAUGUCGUAUUGGUCCUAAUGUUGUUAUUGGUCCUCGAGUUAUUGUACAAGAUGGAGUGUGUUUAAAAAAUUGCACAAUACUCGGAGAUUCACUAAUCAAAAGUCAUUCAUGGAUUGCUAAUUGUAUUAUUGGUUGGCGAUGUCAUAUUGGUCAAUGGGUUCGUAUGGAAAAUACGAGUGUACUUGGACUUGAUGUAUCAGUACAAGAUGAAUUAUUUGUUAAUGGUGGUGUUAUAUUACCACACAAAGCUAUAAGUGAAAAUGACAAUGAAAACGAAUCAGAUGUACAAGAUCAACAACCAACAGAAGCCACUGACAAUAGUGAUGAUUCUUCACACACAAAAACAACUACAAUUAAUACCAUAGAUGAUUCUCUACAGCCACAACCAUCACAAGUACAUGAUAAUGAUGAAGAUGAUGAUGAAAAUGAUGAUAGUUUUACAGUAGUACAAGAAUCAAAUCCAGUUGAUGAUAGUUUUUCUACUGUUAUGUCAGAUAUUGAAACAAUGCCAAUAGAAGAGCCACAUAAACGACCAGUGCUUAAAUAUAGUCUUAGUUUAUGUAUACCAUGUACAGAUAAACAAGAUGAUAUGUCAGUUGUCACAGAAACAUUAACAACAACAUCAGCAACAUCAUUAGAAUUCACUAGAACUAAAAAAAAAGAUAAAAAUGAUAUUGGACAUAUUAUGAUAAGUUAUAAUCAUUCAACAAAAGUUAUAUGUUCGAAAAUUGCUAAAUACUUGAAAAAUCAUAAUUAUACUGUAUGGAUCGAUCAAGAUAAUAUAUCUGGUGAUGUUCUUACAUCUAUGGCGUCAGCUAUUGAAAAUUCUUUUGUUGUUUUAAUGGCUAUUAAUGAACCGUAUUAUCAGAGUCGAUAUUGUCGAUUAGAAGCUGAAUAUUCUAUGGAACAGAAUAAAGCAUCAAUUCCAAUGUUGAUGCAAGCAGGUUACAAAUCAUCAGGAUGGCUUGGUAUAAUCAAUGGUGCUAAACUUCAUAUUGAUUUUUCAAUACUUCCAUUUGAUGAAGCAUUUAAUUUAUUAGUAAGAGAAAUUGAAGCUGUUCGAAUUUCGUUAGGAGCUGAUGCACAUGUUCGAAAUGUUAAUGUAAUGCCUGUCAAUAAUCAAGUAACAACCAUAAUGAAUAGUUCAUGGUUUCAUUCACAAAGUGUUCACGAUUGGUCUGCUUACGAUGUUAUUGAAUGGUUAAAUCGAGAAAAACUUGAAAUAUUUGAAAAUGCUUUAAGAAACUUCACCGGUGCAACACUUUGGCAAUUAUAUAAAAUAAAAUUAGAUUCUGCAACAGAUUUUUAUCGAAUAAUUGAAACAUUACUUCCAUCAACAGUACCACUUCGAGUUUUUUAUAAUUUAACUUUCAUUUCGGCACUUGAGUCACUUUUUUCAUCGUCAACUCAAACAAUGCAUCGAUAA